AUGAGUUACAAGACCAACUAUGAGCUCUAUUCUCGAGGCAGCAUUGACAGCAGACGGUCACCUCCGCCAGAUGAGCUUCUUUCACCAUUAGCAACGCUCUACCCACAUGUCGCGGCCCUGCAGCCACAGUACAACCCCAGCAACUGCACCUUCACCGGUUACCGUGACACAGGAUACUGGGCUGCAGCCUACACAACACAACCUAUCGAUGAUCCAUUAAUGUCCAUGCGUCGCAUCAGUGAUGGUCGACCAUGCCGAUUUGUUUCUAAAUUACGCCGACUUCUCAGCCGAGACGAUUUAAAACUUCGUCGAAACCGAUCUCGGGCGACUACAUGA